AUGUUUAACAUUGGGUAGAGGAUUCCUCCACUGUUGGACGUUCCGAAUUUACUUUUGGUUGAAUAGAUCCUCCAGUGUCGGACGUUUCUACUUAGAUACGUUUAACAGUGGUCGGACAACACUUAAUUAGUUUCUGCUUACAUAUUGGUUGAAAGGUUCCUCCGUAGUUGGAUUGUUGUGAAACUUUGACUAGGCUUUAAAAAGGCUGGUCUCUUUCUUCAAACCAUUUCGCAGUCAUGUUUACAUUACUGGUGCUGGUGCUUCUUGUUACCCCGAGCAAAGGCUGUGGAUUGAACAACAAUUGUUGCAAGUGUCCACCUGGGACCAGGUUGGGUGACAGCGGAACCUGUGAAGAUCCCCAGUGUACACCUUGUAAGAGUGACGAAUAUAUGACAUCGUACAACCGGGAAAGAAUAUGUCGUCUACAACCAUACUGUGAUCCCAACCUAAACUUUGAAACACGAGCUUAUUAUGAUCUGACUAAGAGACACACCUGUAGGUGUAAAGACGGAUUCCAUUGUUCUGAUUUCUGUAUUCUAUGUAUUCCCCAUACCACAUGCAAAGAAGGCUUUGUCCCUAUCUCCCUGGGUAAUAACACUCACGAUGUUCUGUGUGAGCCUAUACCGGCUCAACCAACUACUUUUAACCCGGGUGUAUUACUUGGCGUGAUUGCUGUCUUGGCUGUGGUCGUGGUAGUAAUUGCGAUCUACAGAAAGAAGGUUCGGAUUCAAUGUCCAGAUGUAGUUCAAAUGGUACGAGGUCUUAAUGAUCUUACGGUCCGGAACGCACAACCAGUCGCUGCUGUUGAUGACAAAGAAGGACUCCAGACAGACCGGGCUACACCACACGUGUCCGAACUGAGAGAUGCUAACCAACAGGGACCUCGUGUAAUUCAGUGUAUUUGUACUAUACCAAAGAAAGUAUGCCUCAUCACAUUCAUGGUCAUAACCUUGACUUUGGGACUGAGCUUUGGACUCGUUAUCGUGGUGGACUGGGGCUUGGCAGCUUACUGUGACACUUCGGUUUCUGUCUACACUUUCCCCUUAGGUCAUUCCAUAACAUCCCAUGGCCUUGGACAGUUGGAGGCUAUACACAUGUCCAGUUUUUUGAACAGAUGCAAACGGCAAAAUGAGUUCACUGUACCCGGAACUGUGAGGUUCAACAAGGCUAUCAAGUGCGUCAGGACAACCAAUUACCAUAAAAAAGGCAAUUCUGGCAAACACUCACGAAGGGACAAUGAUGGCUCAAGCGAUUCCAUUUCGGGACACCUGGGAGCGUCCGGAUCUUUAGUCGGCAUAACCGCUUCGGCAGAAGCGUCUUUCAGCAAAACCGAUGCGGUGGAAACCAUGGUACAGAAAACCGUGUCGACCAGCAACAACGUAGCCAUCUCUCUUACCACUUACCAUUGUGAAGUGGGUUCUGUGAUGGUUUCCUCAUACACGCCUAGUAGCGCCUUGAAAAAGGACAUGGACACACUGAACAAAGACCCUCACAGCAAUAUAGAUGAAUUCCUACGAGAGUGGGGCUACGCAUUUGUGAGCUCUAUUACAGUGGGUGGAUAUUACAGUUCAUUCAAUAUCUUCUCAACAUGUAACAAAGACGCUAUAGAAGGUCCUGGACUCUGCCACAGAGCUCUGUAA